CACCUUCCUUGUCAGCCGUCGCAAGUUACCUACCUAAGAUUUCAGUUAAAUUCUCACUCAACUGGUGAGCGUACUCCAUUUGAUUUGCUGGAGUGCGGCGACCUGCCUUCUGUUUUGAAUCCCCACAUAGAUAUUAGAGAAACGAGAAAAACACUGGACAACUCACUUCCAGUAUGACCACAAUCUCUAAACUCAGGGACUUUCUAAACGUAAUACGGCGUACUAUUUUAUUUAUUAUUAUUAGUAGUAGUAGUAAUAUUAUUAUUUAAUUCCGCACCCCUUUUUCCCGAGAACAAUUGCUUUUCUCUGACCGGCAUAACACCUCCUCGGAUCCGUCAAAGGCGACCUCACCAACAUCACAGCACCCCCUUAUUUCCUCGCCCCGUCGUCUGUGACCGAGCUCGGGGCUUGUUGGGUAGAGCGACCGUCGUUGUUUGUGGCACCCGAUCUAGACUCCGAUCCGGAGCUGCGCUCUCUCCUCGUGCUCAAAUGGAUUCUCGCCAGCCUCAAACACCAGCUCUACGUCGACGGGGCGCCUCCGGUAGCAACCUCGAAACCCUCGCGCACUCGGCCGCCAGCCGCGGAGCAUCCCGACUGCGACAAGGCCACCUCUGCUUCGCGCGCUCGGUCAAGCAGCAGUGGGUCCGCAAGACGAGCUUCCUGAUCGAGAUCUCGGUCGGGGCCGUGGCGGGCCUGCUGAUCGGCCUGUCGCUGUACCAGCUGCAGGGCAUGCACUUCCAGGGCGCCUACCACACGCCCCUGACCAUCCUCUCCAGCGCGCUCAACUACACGCUCGUGCCGCAGGUCGGGCUGCUUUGUAGCUUGGCGAUUGGGCUCGCGGCGGCCGCGCCGGGGGUCAAGACUUUUGGGGAGGAGAAACAAAUCUACUGGCGCGAGGCGAGCUCCGGGCACUCGCGGCUGGCGUACUACGUGGGCAAGGUGCUGGCGACGUUGCCGCGGCUGGGCAUCUCGGCGAUGCACUUCACGACCUUCUACUGCGUGCUGGCGACGCCGUGGAUGCCCUUCUGGAGCAUGUUCCUGACCAACCUGCUGUACUUCUACUGCAUCUACGGCCUGGCCUCCAUCAUGUCCGUGCUCGUCCGGCGCGAGGACGGGCCGCUGAUGGCCAUGAUCGUUAGUUUGAUUAUCGGUGUCUUUGGCGGGUACGGCCCGCCCCUGUACCUGGUCAAGGAGUGGCAUCUCGAGUGGCUGUGGCGGUUGUGUCCCGGGGUGUGGCUAACCGAGGCCUACUUCGAUAAACACUUGGCUAUAAUGAGCCACCUGUACGACUUGGAUCUCGCUGCGAGUUGGACGGGAUAUGUACGGGGUCGCUUCGGGAUGGAUAUAGGCAUCCUCCUAGUUAUCGGCACCGUUUAUCGAGUCAUUGCCUUUGGGGGGUUGAUAUUCCUCAACCGGCCGGGCACGAAGUGAAAAGAUUGACGGUUGCUGAUGACUUACUACACGGUGAAACCGUGGAACGAGUCGGUGCUUGAAUCUUGUUUAAUAGUAAUGAGGUCUCGGCCAAUAGACGACCGGUUCGUUCGAUAUCUCGUCGCGACUGGCAAUAUCUUGAUUACAUUACUUGUCUCCCACUGAAAAAAAUACGUUCGACGACGUAAUUAUGAAAUCAGGUGGAAAGGCUUGGAAGUGAGUCCGUUCAUUGAAUGAAAAGAAGAUGCUGCCUGGAGAUUGGCGCGUGCUACGAAGACAACUCCAAGCAGCCAAUCCGAAACUAUGAGUUGAUCGACACAAUGGUAGACCGUAGAAGACGAGUUUGAUAAAGCCGUAGAUAACUUGACUUCGACUACCUACCUAGGGAGGUGGAAAGAGCCAGUGCUUAGGGAGCCAGGAAUGAGGUGU